GUUUUCUACCGUCCUACUGACGUCGAAAUCGGAGGAAAAAAAUCGCGAAAAUGUCGGAAAUGUCGGCGAUGAACAGAAAAAAUAUACAAAAACUUGCAGAAUCCCUGUCUAGACAAGUGAAACACUUCGACAGGAACGAGACGGAAAGUUUGAUCACGCUGUUCAACACGCUGCUGGGGGAGCAGAGCGACAGGCGGGCAGGAAGUGGCCUGGACCGGGGACGCUUCAGGAACGUGCUGCACAACACAUUUGGAAUGACGGACGACAUGAUUAUGGACAGAGUCUUUCGUGCCUUUGACAAGGACAACGACAGUUACAUCAGCAUAAAAGAAUGGGUGGAGGGACUGUCUGUGUUUCUGCGUGGGACCUUGGAUGAAAAGAUAAAAUAUUGUUUUGAUGUCUAUGACCUGAAUGGGGAUGGAUAUAUUUCUCGAGAAGAGAUGUUCCAUAUGCUAAAAAACAGCCUAAUAAAACAACCCACAGAAGAAGACCCAGAUGAGGGGAUCAAAGACUUGGUAGAGAUCACACUGAAAAAGAUGGACCAUGACCACGACAGCAGACUUUCAUACACAGAUUUUGAGAAAGCAGUGCGGGAUGAAAAUCUUUUACUUGAAGCCUUUGGAAUGUGCCUUCCUGAUACAAAGAGUAUACUGGCAUUUGAACAGCAGGUGUUCCACAAUACUACUGAGACUUAAAUAAUAUUAUAUAAUCUAGAAUUGACUACCUUUGUAAGAAAUAAACUUUUAUUUGGAUGUAUUGCAAACAA